AUGCUCUCGGGGAAGUCGGAUGGUCCCGCGGCGGAUGGUGGUGGAUGGACGGAAGUUAGAGGAAGGAGAAAGGCUCCUGCCGGAAAAGUUUUCUUUGUUGAUCCUUCGUUAACGUCUUUCUACGUCUGCAACCUUCCGAUUAAUGCAAAUAAGAAUGAAAUUUGGAAGGUUUGUGAGAAGCUGGGUUCGUUGAUGGACAUUUACAUCGCCGGUAGGAUGAACGCCUCUGGGGGAGAAGGUUUCACACAAAUAUCGCUAAGCACCCUAGGAGGAGGCAGUAUAUAUAUGGAUGGUCAAUUGAGAGGGCAGGCAUCGGCAAAGGGUAAUCCCAGACCCCCGUGUGACAAGAUCCCUAGCCGUGGCAGAGAUUCAAGAUCUUUUGCUGAUGUUGCUAAAGGUAUGUCUUUGUCUACUGUCAACCCUCCUCUGAUUCUUUCUGCUAUUAAAGAGGUUCAAGACUGGACAAAUAAUGCCCUUUUGGUAGGAGAGAUCAAGAACUUUGAUAUUUUAUGCAAUUUUUCUUCAAUGGUGAAACUGGAGGGAUUUGAUAUAAUCGAAACCAAAUAUUUAGGGGGCAUGCAAGUCUUAGUCAAGUUUAACUCUGAUGGGUCUGCAAACAACUUUAAAGCUAACAAAAACAUUUGGCUUAAAUGGUUUGUUUGGAUGGAACACUUUGGUAAAAAUUCCACUCGCUUUGAGAGGAUUGCUUGGAUUAAAAUCACGGGCCUGCCACUUCAUGCCUGGGAUGAUUCGAAUACUGGAUUGAUAGCUGGGUAUUUUGGUAAGGUGUUGGUUAACUGUAAUCCUUUCAGGAGCUCUCAUUAUGUCUCACAUGGCAAAAUCUGUAUACUUACAGCCUCCCGGAAAAAAAUAAAUGAUGAAGUUUCAGUGUCGAUUGAUGGUAAUAUUCACAGGCUGGGAGUCUUUGAAGUCGAUGACGAUUGGACCCCUUUCAAAAAAUUUGUGGCUUGCUCAACCUCUGAUUCGGAUUCUGAGGUGGAACUUGACGAUGAUGAUGGUGUUUCAGAUACAUGGAAACUGGAUGAUUUGGAUAUGGAAGAAGGAGAGAUAAAUCAGGUCAAUCCUGAUCAGGGUGGAAACGGUUCGCCACCCACUAUCGAUGCUCCGGCCCCGCCGGCGGUUGAUGAUGUAAACUAUUUUGAUCAGGGUCCACAUUACGGGGAUGACGAAGGGUUGCAUGGGGACAUGGAGAAUGAAAACGUGGUUAUUUUGGAGCCAAACUCUAGUUCCAAUGUCAACGGAAUCAAUUCGUCUAACGCUAAUUUGGAAUCAGGAGUUAAUUUAGUCAAUCCUACUUUGGGCCGUUUUGGAGACUCAUCUAGAAAUGGUCCUGCUUCCAGUCCAUUAGCUAGUAGCCCAGAAUUCGAACUCGGUGACUCGAACGUUAAAAGACGUCGGACAAAAAAGAAAAAGAAUGGGGACUGUAGGUCUAAUUCUAAAAUCGUUUCUGGUGAAUCUAAAUCCAUCGACCUUAAUCAUGAUGCUUAUCGAUCACAGCGAUCAAAUUCUGGCUCUCCUGUCUCGUCUGCUUCUAUUUCUUGUGAACUUGAGAACACCAUUGCUGUUGGGAAUCAAGUUGGGUUUCAAAUUGGGACCAAUUGCAUCGAGGUUACUGGUAUGCUUUUAGGUGAUGGCGGAAAGAAAAUUUUCUCAUGA